GAGACGCAUCAUUUCGUGUGUGCGUAGGUCGCGUGCAUGCGGUCGCGCCUACGGAUAUUCGGGUGUCUCGAGCGACGAGACGAGUAUCGCGGCCGAGUCAUAGUAGUGUAGUAGUCGGUAGUAGUGUGGUAGUAGUGGCUCGAUGUCUGUGCGUGUCGGUGGUGGUGUGCGCGGUGGUUGAGAUAAGCAGUGCGGGGGACUGAGUGCACGUAGUAGACUGCGACCUCGCGGAUCUCGCUUCGUUCGGCUCUCCCGCGUUCGCCGACGCACAGUUCGCCGCAAGACUCUCGCGCGUCAUUCGCAUAUAGUAGCUCCUGCCCGAUGUGACGGAAGCACGCACGCGAUGCUCAAGGAUCACUCACCGAUCGUUCAGGCGCUCCUCGGAACCCUAUUCACGUGGGCCCUCACCGCGGCCGGCGCCGCGCUCGUCGUCGUCAUCCGAGGCAAACAGCGUAAGCUGCUCGAUGUCAGCCUGGGGUUCGCCGCCGGCGUGAUGGUGGCCGCAAGUUACUGGUCAUUGCUAGCACCAGCGAUCGAAAUGGCAACCGAGAGCAAGACAUAUGGAGCUGAGGGCGAGUACGCGUUCGUACCGGUCGCAGUUGGAUUUCUCGUCGGCGCAGCAUUCGUAUACGGAACGGACGUGUUGAUAUCUACCCUCGGCAUUCAGUCCCCCAAUGUGCUUUUAGCUAUGCAAUCAGUCGGUACGAAAAAAAGACGCAAGAUCAUUGCGAAACUAAAGAGUGACGAGGACUUAGACAAUGAUAAUAAUCCGUUGUUUAACGACGUACAAAUUUCCAGUGGAAAGAUGUACACUCGCGUCGAGUCGACCACGAUCGAUGGCUUCUACGAACAGAAUAGUAGACGUCGACAAAUUACAAAUAUAAACAGAUCAUCGGAAUCAGCAGAAAUUGGAACAGUUUACGAGGAUCCUAAUAACGAAGCGAAAAACAAUCAGUGGCGGAGGAUACUAUUACUCGUUGUUGCUAUUACGGUACAUAAUAUUCCUGAGGGUCUUGCAGUCGGUGUAGGCUUUGGAGCAGUAGGCAGUAGCACAUCAGCGACUUUUGAAAAUGCAAGAAAUCUGGCGAUCGGGAUCGGGAUACAAAACUUUCCGGAAGGAUUGGCGGUGUCUCUGCCUCUCCAAGCCGCCGGGAUUAGUACGUUGAAGAGUUUCUGGUACGGUCAGCUUUCGGGGAUGGUGGAACCUAUCGCCGGCGUGCUUGGCGCAGCCGGAGUGACGCUCGCCGCACCUGCACUACCUUAUGCACUUGCCUUCGCGGCCGGUGCGAUGAUCUAUGUCGUGAUCGACGACAUCAUCCCGGAAGCGCAUCAAAGCGGAAACGGCAAACUCGCCAGUUGGGCAGCCAUCGUCGGUUUCCUGGUGAUGAUGUCUCUAGACGUUGGCCUAGGUUAAAGACGUCGUCCACAAAGUAGUCAUAGCUUUUGUGAAGGUGUAAAAAAAUUAUAUGGUAGCGGUAACGAGAGGUUUGCAGUCGCGGAGGUAUGUCUCUUCGACUCGCGGUAUUCAUUGGAUGGACAAUAGUGCGUUUUGUCGAAAGAGUCGCAAAUUAAGUGCUACAGCGAAUGUUUUAUAUCCUGAUCCAUCCUUUUUUCUUUAUUCGUCAAAGUACUGUCUUUCAUCCUUAAAGAUUCGACAGGAGAAUCGAGUAGUAGUGAAAUAGAAGGUAUUUCUAAUCAAGUUCAAGACAUAUUUCCAUGAUUCCUGAUGUAUUCACUGAGAAAUAGACUUUAAUGUAAGAAAUUAUUGUAACGUUGCUAAACAUCCUUUUUAUCACGGUAAUUAUCGGAUUUCCAUUAUCGUUAUCACACAAAUACAUGUGUGAGAGACGAGAUAAUUUUAUUAUAACAUACAUAUAUUUAUGACAAAAACCGAAAAUAUCAUUACUGUAUACUAGUUUCAAUUUCGGUUAAAUAUUGAUUAAGUCGGAGAUAUUGGAGAUUGCGUUUUAAUCUUGAUCCAUUAUGAUUCGAUGUUCGAUUAAGGUGGUAGCAAAAGUUAAGUUGUUUAACUGCUCAAAAUAAAUAUUUUCUUAAAGCGGAAUAUUUUCUGCUUUCCUAGAACGCACUUCUCGCUUAGAAAACGUCUUCCCGUAUCUAGUCUUUAAUGAUUCCAAAAAUCGAAGACACACAACUGGCUUGAAUAUAAAAUCGAACAUCGAACAAUGUCUUUCAGGAUUUACCAAGAUAAUUGCAAGAUCGAUGCAAUCGCAACUAACUGUCUAGUUAUCGAAUAGAUAAAGCAAUGCACAGCGUCGAGAACUGUCGAAAAGAAUUAAUUUCCCCAAACUAUUUAUUUAUUUAUUUUAUUUAUUUAUUUCUUUUUUCAAAAAUAUUAUAUCGAUAAUGGAUAUCUCGCAAAGAUAUGAGUGAACAUUAAUUUCUUAUCAGAUAUUAAUAAAUUUGUAUGUAAUGUACAAAUAUUAUGACAAUUUUUUAUGGAAUUUAUUUGCAUUAAUGUAUAGAUUAUUCAUUGAUUUUUCCUAUACAAUACAGUUAUUAUUUGUAAUUUUUUUAAUAUUAUAUAAUUUGAGAUGUUAUAUUAUAUUAUAUAAUUUUAUUUUUUUUCAUUAUAUCUCGUGCUAUUAAAUGGAACCGCAACAUAUUUGUUAUGCAAUAUUUUUAAAGAUUAUUAUGUCCGCCGGUGUUACUCAUUGCUCGAAUAAUACAAGCAUAUAUCCAACACGUGUAUAUUACUCGAUCAAUUUCCUGAAUGCUGUUAUUAUACAAGAUUUUUAUUGCAGUUUUUUUAAUCAGUAUUUUUCUAAAUCGCUCUUAAAUUGUUCGUUUAUAUGCUUCCGAUUGAUUGCCAUAAUCCAUACAGUUUUUUAAUGAAAAACUAAUAGUGUCGCGUUAUGCAAAUCUAUAUUUUUGUAAAACGUAAAUCUCUCUGGAAAAAAUAUGAAUUUUAUAAUGUCAUUUGAGCACCCGAUCACACGCAAUCAUUAGCUACAUUUCUUACAGACCUGGAAGUAUAAACCUGCACGCAUAUUUAUUACAACGUGCAUUACAACGUGCCCUUUCUAAUCACAGAGUGCGCGUACAGUGCAACUUCAUUCUUAUAACGAUAUGACGUUUACCCUAUAAUACGUAACGAGAUUACUGCCAUACACAUUGGCAUAAAAAUAGAGCACCUCGAGAAAUCCAAUACACAUCUGUAAUAUUCCCCCUCCCCCCUUAAAAAAAAUUAACCUUUAAAGUUUAACUUUUUUACAUUUCAAUCUUAAUAACGAUAUAACGUUUGUAUUUACUAUUGAUACAAUGUAUGCACAGUAAUAGCAAAGAACAUGGUUGCUGUUUCUUGAUUUGAAAGGAAGAGAAAGGAAUGUUAUAAAUAUAUCAAUUAUAUCGAUAUAAAGCUUUUAAAGUUUUUAUAAAAUUUAUCCUUUUGUCUUCAUUGGCGGAACAUUGAUUUUUCUCAUUCCAUAAUAUUGUACAUUUUUUAUACAUAUAAUAUAUAAUGGACACGAGUAUUUUUUUUGUUUUUUUUUUUUUUUUUCAUUAAAAUGAUUGCCGCAAAUCGGUAUCCGAAAUCGAUUUUUUGCGACACGAAUAUUCUCGCAAUAAUUGAAAGAUAUAAAUCAAUCACUGAUGUCUGGUUCUCGACACUGUGCAUUUAUGUAAGAUAUAAAGACUAUAUUUUGAUACACUGUCGAUAGGCUACUGAAGUAUUAGGAAUAUAUGAGUGUGCCGACACACACACUCACGUUUGUAUAUAAAAAGCCAUGACGUAAAAGGCAAGGCAAAUCUUUGUCAUGGAUAUGCACUCGGUCGAAGUGAUAGCGAAACUUUUUGACGCAAUCAGGAAUUGAUCCCAAACCAAGGCGAUAUACUUGCCAAUAUUAAUGUCCGUUAUUCCGGUAAGACAUUUUUCUUUUUCUUAAUUACGUACUCUUGGAUUAGGGAUCAAUUUUUAAUUGGCAUUCUUUUCCAUGCUCUCGCUAUUAUGUGCGCAAUGUUACAUCCUGUUUCUUUACAUUGUGCUUAGAAUUAUAUUUCUCGUACUCUAGUUUCGUUAGAUAGACCGUCUGGUUUCAUGGAUGUCGAGAAGCAUCUCUCACAUGAUAAUUUUAAUUAAUCACAAGAUGAUGUGAUAAGGAAUUGCCGUCUUCAAUAUUUAUUAAAAUAAUACUAAGAAUUAUUAAUAUUGUAUAUGAUAUUGACAUUUAUAAGACCUAGAUUGUCAAUUUCGAAGUCAAUUGGGCUUUUUCUGAAUUUUUUUUUUUUUUUUUAUUAUCAUUGACGGAUCUUCUCGACGAUCCUCGAUCCGGACAAUCAGUACAAUCACUACUAUUCAAAGAGUAUACCACCGACACUCGGUUUAUAUUAAACCAGUGUGCGAACAAAAAUCAGCCAAAGCUUCAAUGAUAGAAGCGAGAGUCAUCUCGAUCAACAUUGAUGGUACAACAUUGUGUUGAUUACGACAUACGCCCGUGCGGUGCUUUAGCGAAAUAUAUCUUUCGUAAUAAAUCAUGUAAUUAAGCGAAUCAUGUGAUUAUAUCAUAUUGUACUUUAGAUAUAGUUAGUACCUACAGUCAAUUGUAAAAUUUUUGCAGACACGUUCGGUUAAAUUGCUAAAAUUUAUGAUUGCUUGCUGCUUUAUUAAUUUGACGAUUAAUUGAUUGCACAAGAAAUAUAUAUAUAUAUAUAUAUAUAUAUAUAUAUAUAUAUAUAUAUAUAUCAAUGAAAACGAUAACAUAUUAAUUAAAAGACCUUAAUCAUGAAUAUUGUACGGAUCGCGCGACUAAUUCAUUUUUACAGCUGGUUAUGAAUAUGUUUUUCGAUUAAAAUGAAUAUCUUUUUCGAUUAAAAACGUGCCUUCGUAACUUAAUUAGUAUUAUUUGUUUAAAUAUAAUAGAAGUAUUAAGUGUCUGGAAAAUUGGCGAGGUGACGAUUGUUUACUUGUUAUCUCGUAAAAAUUAAAUUGAUAAUUCUUUAUAUCUCGCAUAUUCAUCGCGAAUUCAAUAUCGCGGUGUAAUGAUUUACAAAGAUGUGCAAUAAAAAUAGUUCAAUUAAAA